CUACAACCAUUCCCUACUCCUUGCUCAAUAUGUCUGUCAAAGUUGGAGACACUAUCCCUGAUGCCACCUUCAUCGAGGUGCCGUACAGCCCAGAGCUCGAGUCGCUAGGAGCAUGUGGCAUGCCAGUGCCCGCUCAGCUGCACAAGGAGCUCAAGGGAAAGAAGGCAGUGAUCAUUGCCAUUCCCGGCGCCUUCACUCCUACUUGCCAUGUCAACCACAUCCCUGCCUUCAUCAAGCAGGCCAAUGAGUUUAAGACAAAGGGCUACGAGGUAUACAUCAUUGCUGCCAAUGAUGCAUUUGUCAUGAGCGCCUUCGGCCGGGUCUCCGGCGCCAAGGAAGGUGUUCACUUCGCCAACGACUCCGGCUUGGCCCUCUCUCAGGCUCUGGGAGCCACCGUUGAUCUCACCGCAAGAGGAAUGGGAGUCAGGACCGGAAGGUACGCUCUCAUUGUAGACGACUUGAAGAUUACUCAUUUCGCCAACGAGCCCAACCCAGGAGAGGUCACUGUGUCGGGUGCUGAUGCUGUCUUG